CUAAUUAAAGGGGUACUGCCCGGCCCGAACAGCAAUUCAAUCCACCCAAAAAAAGCCCAGAAAAACCCUAAUUGUAACGCUUCACAUCACACGCAUAAAAAGCAAGAGAGAAGGCGUAGGUUGUGAAAGCAGCAGUAGCAGCAAUGUCGAAGAGAGGACGCGGAGGAUCGGCGGGUAACAAGUUCAGGAUGUCACUGGGUCUUCCAGUGGCGGCUACCGUCAACUGCGCUGAUAACACAGGAGCCAAGAAUCUUUACAUCAUUUCUGUGAAGGGUAUCAAGGGUAGACUCAACAGAUUGCCUUCUGCGUGUGUUGGUGAUAUGGUUAUGGCUACUGUUAAAAAGGGUAAGCCUGAUCUUCGUAAGAAAGUUAUGCCUGCUGUCAUUGUUAGGCAACGCAAACCUUGGCGCCGAAAGGAUGGUGUUUACAUGUACUUUGAAGAUAAUGCUGGUGUUAUUGUGAAUCCAAAGGGAGAGAUGAAAGGAUCGGCCAUCACAGGCCCUAUCGGAAAGGAAUGUGCUGAUCUCUGGCCAAGAAUUGCAAGUGCUGCAAAUGCUAUUGUUUAAGAGUGCUUCACUUUCCUUUUUGUUUUCGUGAUUUUGUGGAUUAUCCAUAUCAGAUAGCUCCAAUUUUGUCAGGGUUAUAGUACUUGAAUCAUCAGUUUGGACUUUGAAAGUAUCACAAUACUCUUGUUUUAGUUGUUGCUAUUAGCUACAUUGCUCACUUAAAUGUUCAUCACAACAGGAUAUUUGUUGAAUGUUCAUGGGAGUGUUGUUUUAAAUUUAAGUCUUUAUGGAAUUA